AUGAACGGGACGACUCCCGACCCGGAACAGGCGCUGGCGUCAGAGCCCGUAUGGGAGAGGCCCUGGUCGGUAGAGGAGAUCCGCAGGAGCUGCCAAAGCUGGUCGCUAGCGGCCGACGCGGGCCUGCUACAGUUUCUACAGGAAUUCUCACAGCAGACUAUCUCUAGGACACAUGAAAUCAAGAAACAAGUUGAUGGACUAAUUCGGGAAACUAAAGCCACAGAUUGUCGCCUACAUAAUGUCUUCAAUGACUUCCUUAUGCUCUCUAAUACCCAGUUCAUUGAGAAUAGAGUUUAUGAUGAAGAAGUGGAAGAGCCAGUACUCAAGACUGAACCAGAAAAAACAGAACAGGAGAAAACCCGGGAACAGAAAGAAGUAGAUCUGAUUUCUAAAGUCCAGGAGGCCGUAAACUAUGGUUUACAAGUAUUGGACAGUGCAUUUGAGCAGCUUGAUAUCAAAGCAGGAAAUUCAGAUUCUGAGGAGGAGGAUGCUAAUGAGCGGGUAGAACUGAUUCUUGAGCCAAAGGAUCUAUACAUAGAUCGCCCCUUACCUUAUUUAAUUGGAUCAAAGCUAUUCAUGGAACAGGAAGAUGUAGGCCUUGGAGAGCUGUCUAGUGAAGAAGGCUCAGUGGGCAGUGAUCGUGGUAGUUUUGUGGAUAGUGAAGAAAAAGAAGAGGAGGUAAGGUCAGAUGAAGACUUCACCAAUCAAAGUGAUAAUGAUCAAAACCAGCACACAGCACAACUGAGUGAGGAAGAAGACGAUGAUGAUGGCUGUGACCUUUUUGCUGAUUCAGAAAAGGAGGAGGAUGAUAUUGAGGAUGCUGAACAAAGUGCUCGACCUAACGGAAGUAGACCUACAUCGUUUGCUGAUGAGUUAGUGGCUCGAAUCAAAGGGAACACCACCAGCCAGGUAGCUGAGAGCCAAACAGGGGAUGCAAAAGCCUGGAAGACACUAAAAGAGAAAGAAAAGACAGCUUUGAACGAUGAAGAUGAUAACUUAUUUGCUCCCCCAAAGCUGACUGAUGAAGACUUCUCCCCUUUUGGAUCUAGAGGCGGCCUGUUUAGUGGAGGGAAGGGACUUUUUGAUGAGGAGGAUGAGGUGAGUCAGAAGUCACUAGAGAGUGACCUCUUCACGGAAAUCCCAAAGGACCGGGAAGUCCCAGACUCUGCCUGUGAAGAAUCUUCAUCCUCCAAACCUGGAAAGAAAAUCCCAGCAGGAGCUCUCUCUGUAUUUUUAGGGGAUGCUGCCUCUGUUCCAUCACUGAAAGAGCCCCUGAAGCCUGAGCUGUCCACUGCGGGGAAAAGUCCAUACCUCUCAGCUCCUACUAGACUCUUUGAUGAUGAUGAUGAAGAUGAUGACUUUUUUGCAUCAUCCUCCAGCAAACCUCCUCAGUUAGACAAGGUCAAAUCUACUGCUGAUAUCGUUGAUGAUGAAGAAGGAGAUCUUUUUAAGGAAAAAGCUUUACCAGAAGCUGCUGUGACUCACAUAGAUGAAAAUAAAGCUAGAGCAGACAAAAAGGUGGUCCUCCCUUCCAUCCAAAGUGUCAAGCCCUUGUUAGAAACAAAGACUCAAAAAGGAUUAUUUUCAGAUGAGGAGGACUCUGAGGAUUUAUUUUCUUCUCAAAGUUCAAGUAAGUCAAAAAGUACAUCUCUCCAGCCCAGCAAACUCCCUACAUCAGUCUUGCUUUUUGAUGAUGAUGAAGAGGAUAAUCUUUUCGGGACUAUAGCUGCUAAGAAUCAGACAUCAUCUCUGUUAACUCCAAGUCAAGAGAAAACAAAACUCUCGGUGCCUUCUAAGAAGAAAGUAUCUGCCUUACUGUUCAGCAGUGAUGAGGAGGACCAGUGGAGUCUUACUAACUCACAGACCAACUGCACCACUGACAGUAAGUCUAAAAGAGAACUUAGGGAGUCUGGGAUUGCCCAGGACCAAGAAGCCAAGAAGGUGGUGAAAAAGACCAGUCUCUUUGAUAUGGAUGAUGAAGAUGAUCUGUUCGCCAUUGCUAAAGACAGCCAAAAGAAGAUCCAGAGAGUGUCACUCCUCUUUGAAGAUGAUGCUGACAGUGGAAGCUUUUUGUUUGGUGCACCGUCCACAUCCAUUCUUUCUACCACGGUAAAAAAGGAAACAGUUGUUGAGGCACCACCUUUGCUCUUCAGUGAUGAAGAAGAGAGGGAAGCGUCGUCUGGAAUGGAGCCUAUGGAUGAGAACCUUGGCAGUACCUCAAGACCGUCAGGUGUAAGGAGAGCAGAUGCAGCCAAGGAGGCAGGAAAGGAAGUGCCUGUGGCCAUAUCUACUAAGCCAGCAGUCAAAUUUUGUGAUACACUUACUUCAUCAUCUUCACUGGACAAAGAAGCCAAGGGUAGAAUAAAAACUGUUCUUAGUUUGUUUGAUGAGGAAGAGGAUAAAACACAAGAGCAAAGCAAUAUUCUCUCUCCACAGAGAGAAGUACAAAAGAAUCUCAAUUCUGAUGCCCGCCCCAAGAGCACGGGUGUCUUUCAGGAUGAAGAGCUCCUUUUCAGUCAUAAACUACAAAAGGACAAUGACCCAGAUGUUGACCUGUUCACUGGCACAAAAAAACCCAGGUCAUUAGAGCCACAUGUUGGAAGCCUUUUUGAGGAUGAUGAAGAUGAUGAUCUUUUCAGCUCUGCUAAGCUUCAACCUUUGGUACCAGAAAAGAAGGUAGUGCAAAAAGACCUCCCUGUCUCAUCUUUCAAGAACCAGAAGCAUCCCGAAUCUACUCAGGGUAUCAAAGAAAAUGACAUAAAGAAAUUGGAAACACCUCAGGACUCAUCAGGUCCCGCAGCAUUUAAAACCAAAGAACCAUCCACUCGGAUCGGGAAAAUACAAGCAAAUUUAGUGAUUAACCCAGCAACCUUGCUGCCUUCAGUGGUGCCCCAGGUCACUGAAGCAAAGCCUGUGUUGUCCGAAUUAGCGCUUUCUUCAUCACAACCCGAAAGUGCGGAAGCUGGCGUGAGUUUUGAUCUUCCAGCACAGGCCGAUACCUUACACAGUGCAAAUAAGAGCCGAGUCAAAGUGAGAGGAAGACGCAGACCCCAGACCCGGGCAGCUCGGCGACUGGCAGCCCAGGAAUCCAGUGAGACAGAGGACAUAAGUGUCACCAGAGGAUCAGUUGUGCAGUUAGGCGAUGGUUCCAUUUCUCCUGAUUUCCACCAACCACAGCACAGUGUUACCGGUGUAGAAGAUAACUUGGUGACAACUGCCACUCUGACUCUGGAAGGUGGUACUGUGCCAAAAUUGGAAAGUAGUCCCUUUGUAAAAUCUCUAGAUCAGCCUCUUGAGGAUGACCUUUUCAAAUCUGAAGAUGUCUUUUCCAAGAGCACUGAGUCUCAGUCCAUUGGGAGAACAGUUAAGGAGAAGACAGCAGAGGCCCCAGUGAGCCAGCCACAGGGACAUAAAGAGCAGAGCUCUAUUUUCUCUGCUCUUGAUGAAACAGGCAGUGAUGAUGACCUCUUCCAGUCUGUCAAGCCAAAACCAGCAAAGAAAGUCAGUCCCUUUCCUCUCCUGGAAGAUGAAGAUGAUCUCUUUACAGAUCAGAAAGGCAAGAAAAAUGAGUCAAAAUCCACUAAUCAACAGGAUGCUGUAUUCAAAGCACCAGAUAUUUUUGAGGAUGAUAUAUUUGCAACAGAAGCAGUCAAACCAUCACAAAAAACAAAAAAGAAGGAGAAAACACUGGAAUCCAACUUAUUUGAUGAUAACAUUGAUAUCUUUGCUAACUUAACUGUAAAACCAAAAGAAAAGCCCAAAAAGAAAGUGGAGACAAAGUCUAUAUUUGAUGAUGAUAUGGAUGAUAUUUUCUCUGGUACUCAGCCCAAGGCAACCAAGCCAAAAAGCCGGUCUCCACAGGCAGUACCUGAAUCAAGAGCUGAACACAAAGUUUCCAACAUAUUUGAUGAUCCUCUGAAUGCCUUUGGAGGCCAGUAG